UGCUACACUCAACUUUUACCUAAGAUCCAUGCACACACAAGACAUGUCAGAUGCUUUUGCUGUCUCUGGAUGUCCUUUAACUACCUCAACAGUGUUUAGAGACAUGGUCAUUUGAAAUUCGCUAGUUUGUCACCCUUUCGGACUGUUAUUGCAAUGGCUGGCGAGGAGCAAGGUGACAAAAAACAGGGAUUCAAAUUAAUGGGGAUUCUAGACAUCCAGAACACUGCAUGUGCCAGGGAAGCACUACUGCACGGCGCAGGGGGGUCUUUAGUGGCAGGACUCCUUCACUUCUUAGCCACAAGUCGGGUGAAGAGGUCAUUUGAUGUUGGCUUUGCUGGGUUCUUUCUGACAACACUGGGAUCAUGGUGCUACUGCCGAUACAACAAUGCAAUGCUGCGUGUUCAACAGAGAGUGAUACAGGAAGGGAUAAAGAACAAAGUCAUGUAUGAAGGCACCAGUAUUGACCCCACACGGAAGCCCAAAGUAGACGAGAAGAACUCCUAGCACCUUUUUGCAAAGCGCUAAUGCCACCAUUGUCACUCACUCACAUUUCAUUUCACUGUUAUUAAGACACACUUUUUAAAUGAAGUACUAUGUCUGGAAACUGUGAAUCUUAUAGUGGUAUGUGAAUAGUAGAAAAUCUUUUGGAAGUCAUUUGGAUCAUUGACCAUCAAGCCAUGUGAUUAGAUUUCAAGGUGUAAAGUAUAGUGUGACAAGUUCAAUGCAGUGAAAGGACGUUCUAAAUGAAGUGUUUUUCAGACCACUCUCUAACUAGUCUGAACAUUUUAUGGUGAAUUUUUAUCAAGCCUGCACCUUAGAACAUUGACAGGGAAGAUGUUGUAUAAUCAGGUGGCCACUAGAUGGCAGUUCACACACUGUGUAAUACAUCAGACAACAUUUCAGCAUAUAGUUGCUGCACAGGAAACACAUUUGGAUGAGAUGCCUCUCGUGGUUCUUUAGUCCAGCAAAGGUGUCGACCUGUUUUCCUUUCAUCUCAGUCUUCAAGUGCACUUCAAAGCAUUAAAGUGUAAUUCCAGCGACAAGUGACCCAAGGGUGUUUCUCUGCAUUAAAACACAUCAAAUAAGCCGUGGAGACCGUUUCUUUCGUUGAUCAACCACUACAGAGCAUGCUCCGGUAUACGCUAUAGCCCCAAAUAGUAAACAGUGGAUUAGCUAAGGGCCAUGAGCGAAACGCUUCCCAAGUAGCAAUUUUUUUUAACCAGUAAUAUUGUUCAAAACAGCAUCAAACCUCGUCAGUAGCUUGCUCAGGGUCCCUUCACAUAAAACAAAGCACCAACAAUCAGAAAGACUGGCUGGGCCACUUCAGAGAGACUACACCCAGGGAUGACCGGAGCACUCAGAGAACUUUUAAACUUUUUUAUUAUGGUGCACAAACGACUGACGUUUCGACGCACUGCGUCUUCCUCAGAGUCUACUAUGGGGCUAUAGCGUAUACCGGAGCAAGCUCUGUAGUAGUUGAGCAAUGAAAAAUAUUGUCUCCACAGCCUAUUUGAUGUGUUUUAAUGCAGAAAAAUACCAUUGGGUCAAUUUUCGCUGGAAUUACACUUUAAUAUAAGUGGUGCAGUGAAAUCUUGCUGUUGUUUUGCAAUAUGGCUUAUGGUAAGCUUAUGGUUUAUUAAUGUAAUGUAUAAUUAAAUGGUAAUUGAAUUUUGA